AUGGAGGAGUGCGCUGGCCUCUGCGGCGUGGGCUCUUCGCGGGGACAUCGGUGUCGUCAGAAGCGCCAGCGCCCAGCUGAGACGGCAGCAGCCGACGCCAAGCAGUGUCGCCAGGAGUGCCAGCGCCCAGCUGAGAUGGCAGCGGCCCACAGCAAGCCGUCCCCGGCAGAAAAGCUCGUCGAGGUGGACGAGGCAGCGCGGUGCUGUGCGGGGAGGGGAGGAAUCGCGAGCCCCAUGCCGCCCCCGCCCCCGCCGCCCCCACGCUGCUCGCUGCCCGACCUGCCGGUGGAGAUCCUGGUGGAGAUCUUCGCCUCGCUCCCCGGCACCGAUCUGCGCAGCCUGGCCCAGGCCUGCACCAAAUUCCACCGCAUCCUGCACACCGACAGCAUCUGGAGACGGCGCUGCCGCGAGGAGUUUGGCGUUCGUGAAAACCUGCAGAACCCGGAGAUGAUGGGUAUGUCUUACCGAGAAUUCUAUGCGAAGCUGUUCCCAUACAGACACACUUUGGGGCUGUGGCAGCUAAAUUAUAGCUGCAGAACACUGCUGAACGUCGCGGUGGACGGCUUAGGCAUUACUGGCGGGAGGUACAGGCCUCCCCUUAACACCCAUGUGCGUGGCCCAAUACGUUUCAAGCCCUCGUUCAGAAUUCGCCUGACGGAGAGGAAAUCCGCCGCGGUGGAGUGCCUGGAAGGCCUCCUCGGCCGGCCCCACAGCGGCCACAUGCAGAUCCUGGAGGACAGGCUCACCAUCCAGUGCAAGAGGACCGACCACCGAACGGAUUCACCAACGCGGCUCAGGGGAGAACGGGGGCGCGGGCGGGGGCGGGUGCAGGAGGACGGACAGCGGUAUGACUGCCUGACCUACCGCCGCCUCUACCUCCCGCCGCGCCACCCGGACGACCUCAUCAGGCCAGGCCUCUUCUACGUCAAAUACAACGCCUUCGGCCCAACGACCGUCAUGCUCAGCUUCCACGGGAAGUACGCCAGGGUCACGAGGCUCAUGGGGAUCGGCACGAAGGCGUUAGAGAUCCACCUCCUGCGCCGCAUCCAGCUGCGAGAUGGCGAGAUCUUCCGCAACUUCAACGAGCUCUCCCGCGUGGUCCAGGAGAUUGACGAGCAGGUGACCCGGGAGCAGCAGCAGCAGCAGCAGCAGCAGCAGCAAGAAGACGCGACUGAGGAAAGCCAGGGCCAUGGCUGGAUGUGUUUCUACGGCGUGGACAUUGAGUCCUUCGGCUACCCCAGGCACUGCUGCCCCGGAGUCUUCAUCCUGUUCGAUGAGGACCACUUCGGGUUCAUCUGGCUGGAGGAGAAAUACUUCUUCUGGUGUUGCCGUGUGGUGGCUAAGAGCUGA